ACUCUGUAUUCUUCGUCUCGGUGCUCUCUCUCUACUUCUCAUUCAAAUUGUGCCAAUGGACGAGAAUGUAGCUGAUGAAAUCAUGAGGGAGGUUGAUGUAGAUGCAGGCUGUGAAAUUGUGGAGGAAGAGCAAGAAAUCAAACUCAUUGAUAUAGAGUUGGAGGAGGAGUUCAAUGCUAACAAUGCAGCCGAGGAAAUUAGCAAGGAAAACGAUGUUUCUCCUAUCAGAGAAGUUCAGCAAACUGUACCCACCACUGAUGACCCAAUGCUCUCAGUGUUGACGUUUCGGGUGUGGUUUUUGGGGAUGCUGUCCUGCGUUUUACUCUCGUUCUUCAACACCUUCUUAAGAUACCGCAUGAGGAAGCUGGCGCUAAAGCAAGGUGGUCUCGGCGCUAAUUAGUGAGCUAAGCCGAUGCGUAAGGGCGAUCUUGCAUAAUGGAUUUUCUUUAGUUGAGCGAAGCCGAGCAGAUAGUGAACGAGCUGAACCAGUCAACCCAGACGGGCUGAAAUGAGCGACCUUAAUCAGAGGGGGUUAGUGACAAUCUAACGUUUGAUGUUCAAAACCGAGGUGAAUCUCUGAUUUGUUACAACCUGAUCUCUAAAGACUUCGAAUUUGGAAUCUCUGAAGAGAUCUCGGAUUAGUAACGAGCUGAUUCCUCAAGAUUUUCAAAUUUUGAAAUAGGGCAGAUCUUUGAGGAGAUCUUGGAUUUGUUACAAGCUGAUCAUUGAGGUUUGUUACGAGCUGAUCCUUGAGAUUUUUCAAAUUUUAAAUUGUGGCGAAUCUCUGAGGAGAUUUGCUCAGGGCGUUUGGUAUUCUUCUACCAACAGCAGAUAUCCUUUUGCCUCUUCGCAAUAAAUGCUGGCUUAGCAU